AUGGCCAAUCAGACCCCCGAUUCCUGGGAAGAUGAGCUCUCGAAGCAGACCGAGGGCGUAAACCUGAAUGCCCGCGGGCAAUACCGCCCUCAGGCACAAGCUCCCUCAUUCCAACCCGGGGCUGCCUCUUUCCAGCCUGGUGCGACUUCAUUUGUGCCCGGCCAAACAUACCAGCAGUACGGCGGCGGAUACCCACAGUAUGGCCAGUACGGUGGUUACCCCGCCUACGACCAGCAGCAGCAAGGCUUUGGUCAAUAUGGGGCCUACGCCCAACAACCUGGUGGCUAUAACCAGAUCUACAACAACCAGUAUGGUGGUUACAACCAACAGCAGCAGCCGCAGCCGCAGCAGCAGCAAUACACUCAACCGCCUCGUCAAGCGGCACCGGUAGCUACUCAAGCACCUACAGCUCCUGCUCAGCCUGCCCAAACCGCUCCUAAGCCCGCAUCGACCGCAUCCGCCGCUCCAGUUCUGUCUAUUGGUGGUGCUAGCACCUCUUCUGCUGCCCCCAAGACCAAGGUCCUUUCGAUUGGAACUCCCUCUCCCGCGUCGAACACCCCAUCUGGCACAACGACUCCAGGAGAUACUAUGGGAUCUGCCGCCGCCGACGCUGCCGCCAAGGUGACGGCUUCCAAAGCUAUUGAGAAGACAGAAAAGAAGGCAGAUCAGAAGGCAGCUGUCAGUGGCAAAUCGUCCCCUACCCCUACCGCUUCUGGACGGUCGAGCCCCGGCAGAUCCAGCCCAUCUCGCGGUGAAGGCGGCAAGACUGGUCGCGACGCCAAUGCUGUUGCCUUGGAGCAGCAGGCAGAUGUGGACGAAGAUACCUUGAAGGAAAUUUAUGGCGAGAAGAAGGAGCACGUUAACAUUGUAUUCAUUGGCCACGUCGAUGCUGGAAAGUCUACCCUCGGCGGAUCCAUCCUCUACGUUACUGGCAACGUCGAUGAGCGGACGCUGGAGAAGUACAAGAGGGACGCAAAGGAGGCUGGUCGAGAGACCUGGUAUCUCUCAUGGGCUCUCGAUUUGACCAACGAAGAACGAGCUAAGGGAAAGACUGUCGAGGUCGGCCGUGCCCACUUCAAGCUCACCGUGCAGUCUCCCGACGGUCCUGUUGAGAGACACUUCUCCAUUCUCGAUGCUCCCGGUCACAAAUCCUACGUCCACCACAUGAUUGGUGGUGCCUCCCAAGCCGAUGUCGGUGUGCUUGUCAUCUCUGCUCGUAAGGGUGAAUACGAAACUGGUUUCGAGAAGGGUGGUCAGACUCGCGAGCACGCUCUGCUGGCCCGAAACACUGGUGUCAAGAAGCUCAUUGUUGCCGUCAACAAGAUGGAUGACCCGACUGUUGAAUGGAGCAAGGCCCGUUUCGAUGAGUGUACAGUCAAGGUCUCCAAGUUCUUGGAGGCUCUCGGUUACAAGAAGGACGACCUUACCUUCAUGCCCAUUUCCGCCCAGCAGACUACGGGUAUUAAGGAUCGUGUCCCCAAGGAACUUGCACCAUGGUACGAUGGACCAUCUCUCCUGGAGUAUCUUGGUGAAAUGAAGACUCCCGAACGUAACAUUAACGCCCCCUUCAUGAUGCCCGUGAGCACGAAGUACCGUGAUAUGGGAACGAUGGUUGAGGGUCGUAUCGAAGCUGGUGUUAUCAAGAAGAACGCUACCUGCAUCAUGAUGCCUAAUCGCACCAAGGUCGAAAUUGCUGCUCUCUAUGGUGAGACUGAGGACGAAAUUGCCACUGGAACCUGUGGUGAUCAAGUCCGUAUGCGUCUCAGAGGCGUGGAAGAAGAAGAUCUCCUCCCUGGAUUCGUGCUUUGCUCUCCCAAACGACUAGUGCACUGCGUCUCCGCUUUUGAGGCUAAGAUCCGUAUCCUUGAGCUCAAGAACAUCCUUUCCGCCGGUUACAACUGUGUCAUGCACGUCCACUCGGCCGUUGAAGAAGUCACGUUCGCGGCACUCCUGCAUAAGUGCGAGCCCGGCACAGGACGCAAGAGCAAGCGCCCACCACCAUUCGCUAGCAAGGGUCAGACCAUUAUUGCUCGUCUUGAGGUCAUCAGCAGCGCAGGUGCCGUCUGUGUUGAACGUUUCGAGGAUUACAACCAAAUGGGGCGUUUCACCCUGAGAGAUCAGGGCCAAACCAUUGCCAUUGGUAUGAUUACCAAACUCAUCCUUAACGAAGAGAACUAA